CGUCUGCCGAUUCCACGUUGGUCGCGAUUGGGAAAAUAAGAGGACGGACGGGGCCGAGGACGGAGGAGGUACCCAAUUUCAUCGAUCUUGUCCAUUAUUCGUCGCCGUCUCCGGUUAUUGCUCCCGCCGCCAGUUCUUCCUGGCCGCCUGUCAUCGUUUAUCACCACCGCUACUUGUUCAAUUCCCAAUGCCAUUGGCAUCACUCCUCUCGCAAUUGAAUCUAAGGGAAAUCGAACUUCCCCUGAGAGAGAAGUGAACCAGAACCGCAAUUUCAGCUUGGUCUUGCUUCAGCUGGUGAAAUGUUGCAAUGGUUCAUCUGUAGGAAGACUUGGGAGAUCGUUAGUUGGAAUGGCAACUAGACGUCAUGUUCAUUAUAGUCCUCUUGCUACCGAUGAAGAUGAUGAGUAUAAUGGUAUGAGACAUGACCGUCGGUUUGAUUAUACUCCUGGGGCUUUUGAUAGAAUACCAUGGAAGUCUAUCGUGCUUGCAAUUUUCUUGCUCUUUAUUGGAUCACUUCUUCUUUUUCUCUCUUUCUUCAUUUUGACUGGCCACAUGGGAGGAGAGAAGUCACAAGCGUAUGGCCUCUUAGCCCUGGGAAUCCUUACCUUCUUACCAGGUAUGAUCAACUAUCUGUACUGACAACCGAGAAUAUGUUUAUGCUGUCACCCUUAGUGCUAGGGUUGCAAAAUAUUUACUGUUGUCCAGGAAGUAGUAUUUCUUAACCAAUUUCAAUGAACUACUGCAAAAAGAUCGAAGUCAGGAGGUUUCUUUUCAUUCUUUUCCCCUAAUAUGUUUUGCACUUUAGUUUUCAUUUAUUUCACUUUUAAGUUGAAUGGUGAGAGCCUGCAUUGUCUAUAUAAUAUACCAACACAAAAUAGUAGUUACUAGAACUGAAUAUCUGCCUACGUUGAAGAUGCUGAUGAUGCAUCACAAUUGUGGAUUGUUUAGGUCGCCUUUGCUCUUUAAAGUGGGACACAAAUCAAUACAAACUUACGUUGGUUUAACACAUCUUCGGUGAUUAUUCUUAAGCACAUUCAUAAUGGAAAUGUUGUUCGAAUUUUGAUGACAAUCCACCUUGGUAACUGCUUAUCUGUUUUCUGUAUUUUCCUUCUCGUCAUUCUUUCUAUUGGCUGCUAAUGCAAUUUGAUCCCCAAAGUUCUUAAGUUUUUAUUCCUUUGUAUGGACCACAGGGUCGAAGUCAGACUGUAUACAUGCUUCAUUUUAUCUAUUGGUAGUAAUAGCUACAGUUAUGAAGAAUUAAACACAUCAACUACUACUAGGUUUCUUUAAUGGUCUUGAGCACUUCACCUUGUUUGCUGUUCUGUUUUCCUGUCACUGUCGAGACUAGCUAAUUUACCUUUGAAGUUGGUUUCAUAAGUAUUGUUUUAAUUUCCAGUAAUGGUUCUCUUAACAUUUGAUGAUCUAAUGAAUGGAAUUCUACUCGGAUGAGUUAAACUCAAGUCAAAGUCCCAUGCAGUGACGGACGCAGAGCUUUUAUUUAGCGGAGCGAAAGUUGCAACUGGAAUUUACUGUUAACCUCAACAAGAAUUUACUGUUAACCUCAACUAGAAUUUCCUCCUUAAGCGAAGUGCAGCUGUGUUAGAUUCAAAACAUUCUAUGAUUGAGAGUUCUUUUGUACCUUCCGGCCAAAUCUUUGCUUUUGGACUCUGUUUGACUCUUAAUCUCUUGCCUUAUUCACUGAACUUUUAUGCUUACAAUCCCUUGUGGUUUUGAACUUCUGCUUAUUGUCGUAGGUUUUUAUGAAACUCGGAUAGCAUAUUACUCGUGGCGUGGUGCUAAUGGCUAUCGAUUUGCCGCCAUACCGGAUUAUUAGUCUAUUCCUGCAUCUGCCGUACUUCUGGAGGGAUACGUCGCUGGCCGUGUUGUCAACUAUAUUAUCUUGUAUAGAAUCUGGCUUUGCACUUAUAGAUCUGGGCAUUCAUUUUCAGCAUGGAAGUGUUUGUAUUUCUUGUGUUGUAAGGUCGAUAAUUUGGCAAGAGUUCCGGUCUCUUUUUAGGAAAAGAUUUUGCCUUAUACAUUGUCACAAUUGUUUAAUAUUAUAUUAAAAUUUGUUAGAGUGUGAUGCAUCAUUAACACAUUGCUGGAAGCUAGUCUCCGUUUUCAAACUUCUAGAAGUUUCCAGUAAUGAAUAACU